AUGGCGGAUGCUCUCUCCCGUAAGCCGCAGUAUCUGGAGGAGGCAACGCCAGCGGCCGCCAUGCACAUCUUCGCACCGACAGUGUGGGCGUGCACGGCGGCAACAGUUGACCUGGAGGCGGUGCGACGAGCGUUGCAGGAUGACUCCUUCGCGCAAGCAAAGAUGGCAGAGGCGCACAGGGGCACGGCAGCGACCGACGAGUUCCAGCUGCGAGAUGGUUUGCUCAUCCGUAAAGGGGCCAUCUACGUGCCGGGAGACGAACUUCGCGCCAAGGUACUGCAGCAGCUGCACGACGCGCCCACUGCCGGGCACUUUGGCAAGGAGAAGACGGUGGAAUUAGUAGCCAGAGACUUCUGGUGGCCAGGAAUGAGAGGGGAAGUCGCGGACUACGUGGCGAGGUGUGACACCUGCCAGAGGGCCAAACCAGUGCACAGACCGCCGGCCGGAUUGCUGGAACCGCUGCAAACUCCGUUCGAACCAUGGGAGAGAGUGGCCCUGGACUUUGUCACGGAUCUGCCCAGCUCGAGGGGCAAGACGGCUGUGCUGGUGGUGGUGGACUUGUUCUCCAAGAUGGCACAUUUCAUUCCGUGUGCGAAGGUGGCCACGGCGGAACAAACAGCCAAACUGUUCAUAGACCACGUGUUCAAGGUUCACGGUCUGCCGCGGUCUAUUCUGUCCGACCGAGGGCGACAGUUCAUCUCGAACUUCUGGCAGAGGCUGAUGGGCUUCCUGAACGUCAAGAUCAACCUGGCGUCGGCUAGACACCCGCAGACCAAUGGGCAAGCGGAGCGGGUCAAUGCCAUCAUGCAGCAGUACCUGAGAUGUUAUGCGAAUCAACAGCCUGCGACGUGGGUGGAUUACCUGCCUCUCGCCGAGUUCGCCUACAACAACACGAAGCACGUGUCCACGGGGGUCACGCCGUUCUUCGCCAACAACGGGAGGCACCCCAGAACCUUCCCGGGACUGGAAAGAAUGGGGGAGGGGGAGCCGCAGACAGCAGAUGCAUUCGCGUCGGAGUUGCAGGAGGUCCACGAUCAGCUGCGGCGGCACCUGGAGCUGGCUAAACACGCAUACAAGGUACAAGCGGACAAACACAGAAGGGUUGGCGAAGAGAUCCAUGUGGGAGACUGGGUCUGGUUAGCAGCCCACGCAGUGCCGGCCAGGUCGUUGGCGAAGAAGAAACUAGGGCAUAAACAACUGGGGCCCUACCAAGUCGAAGAACAGGUCAACCCGGUGGCUUUCAGGCUGGCUCUUCCGGAGGGUUCCAGGAUGCAUCCGGUGUUCCACAGAUCGGUGCUCACUCCAUACAAGGCACCUCACAGGUUUCAGGAACCAGGAACGGCACCGGGUCCGCUCCGAGAGAGAACCGGGCAGGGGGGAGUGGCACGGGAGGAGCGCAUCAACGAAGCCACGGAGAUUUUGGACUCCAGAUGGGGGAAGAGGGGGUAG